GGAGGCGGGGCCGAGGGAAGCCCGCGCACGCGCGUUUGUCGCUUCGGCGACCGACGAGCCGAUUUAAGGUCCUGGGGCUCAAGCCGUUUUUCUUUGGCUCCGGGGCCGCUGAGGGUUCGCUCGCCGUCGCUGUGCCAGAGUUCUCCGAGUGGCAAGUGCAUCGAUUAACCCUGGCGUUUACGGCAGGAGAAGAUGAAAGAUAUCGAUCUAGGAAAAGAGUAUGUUAUACCCAGUCCUGGGUAUAGAAAUGUGAGUGGGAGGAGCAGCCCGGAGCAACCCGGUGAACAAGAUGGGCUGAAGUGCUGGCAAGAACAACGUAAGCAGGUAGAAUGCCAAAGUGCGCUGGAAGCCGCUGCUCGGGCGGAAGGCCUUCCGCUAGACGCCUCCAUGAACUCGCACUUGGGAAUGUUGGGCGACGGCCAUCACAAGGGGAAAUACCGUUUUGGCUACAACUUGCUGAAACCCAUCCGGACAACUUCCAAACAUCCACACGCGAUCGACAAUGCUGGGCUUUUGUCCUAUACGACUUUCUCGUGGCUCACUCCUCUGGCACACCUAGCUUUCAAGAAGGGAGAGCUGCUGACAGACGACGUGUGGCCGUUGUCGACGCAUGAGACUUCAGAUGUGACCUGCCGAAGGUUGGAAAGGCUCUGGCAACAGGAGUUGCAGGAAUGUGGGCCAGAAGAAGCCUCUCUCGGGAGGGUCGUGUGGGUCUUCUGCCGCACCCGGCUCAUCAUUUCCAUCGUGUGCCUGAUGGUCACGCAACUUGCCGGCUUCUGUGGACCAGUAAGUACUAUCCAGCCUUUGCCUGACUUCCACAACGUGGGCUCCAUUUCUGUGGCCGGCGCUCAUGCCUUCAGGUGGCCUCGCAAAGGAACUCCUAAACACUUUGAUUAGCUAUAAACAUGCCUUUGCAGAGAGGACAUAGGCCUUUCCAGAACGCUAUGGGAAUCUUAAAUGCUUCUGAGUUUUUAGUUUUACAUGUGCGUUCAUAUAUGUGUGUGUUUUUUUAAUUGCUCGUACCAACGGAUAGGGGAGGGCGUAGCGGUUUCCUGAAGAAAAUGCAAUCUUCUGUAAGUUUCUCACUCUUUUGUGCUUCUCUGCAAGCAUGGAGCAGAGGGCUGGUUUUAAGGACACUCUCUAAGUUCCCUAAGAAAUCAGCCUCAGAAGAUUCUGCCAAACUAGCGUGGUCUUUCUGAUGAAUACAGAGUAACAGCUGGGUAGGUUUUCCCUUUCUGGUGGCGUGGCUAGCCGGCUGCAUCUUAGUUGAUAAUGGAGAGGCCGCAUGUCGGCCUUUUGACAUUUGCACCAUUUUCUUUGUCGCCUGUUUGUUGCACACGCUGUGCAGAGAUUUCCUUUUUGACACCUUGACUAAAUCUAUUCUUCUACAAAUUUCCCUUGAGGAGCAGGGUUAUGCUUAUAGUUCACAUUUCAGUGCGCUGUUAAGCGGGGAAGGUUCAAUGCUCGGGUAAGUACAGCUGAAAAGGUGCACUGUUGAUGUUAAAAAUUGGUCUUGUCAUCUCUGUUUCUCUUCUUGAUUUCCAAACCCCCCCCACCUGUUACCUUUAAACCUUGAAAACUGCCUUGUUUUGUUCCUUGUUUGAGAAGGGGGUAGGUUGGGGGAGGGUUUUUUUGUUUGCUUGUUUUUUUGAAAUGUGGGCACUGUGAUAGCAAAUGAUGGAAACUGAAACGCAGGUUUUGUUGGCUGUGCUGUUGAUUUGCCGGAACGAAUUAGGUUUUAACAGAACCAGCUUCCCCCAAGAAGAGCUUCUGUCAUUGUUUCACUACAGGGACUUGUAGAUACUCUUGCCUCUAGCAGAGCGCUGGUAGCGGACUUCUAUAGACUACCUGAUUCCAAUCCACCAGGUGAGAAUUUUUGAGACAGGAUGGAACUGAUGAAAUACAACCUCUGCCAAAUUUAGUUGCUUGCUACCUCCCCUGCAUACGUAGCCUGCCCAGUCAUGUACGUUUCAAACCAUUUUUUCCUUGACCGUUCUAUCGUUUGGAACGAGAGUUGAGUUUUGUGCUUCCCUCCAUUUUUAAACUGGAUUUUUUGGUCUUUGCAUAACUAGGAAUGCUGCUCUUUUUUUAAAAAAAAAAUGAAGCUCAUCCUUUUAGGUUAAAAUGAAGCCCCCUCCCCCCUCCCAAAAAAGAUUCCAGCGGGCAAAUCAAAUGAAGUUGAGAUGUCUUUGCAAACUGACAUUCUCAUAUGAAGGUCUGGGAAGAUGGGGUGCUACUGGGGAGCAGGAAAGCGGGCUGACUGAAAGCAGGUUGGUACUCGUGCCUAAAGUGAAGGUGUUACUAUUUCCAAGUUUACUUGCUUAUCAAAAGUAUCCUCUUCUUACAAAAUUCACGUUUUGUGAAAUUUGGUGUCUGGCCACUGUCCUCAAACUCAUAUUUGCCUUUAACCCAGUUGAGGCUGUUUAAUUUGUUUUUUUCCCAAACAGUUUCCAGAAUUCAACAGGGCAGGAUGAAAUUGUAAAAUAUGGCGGUUGCAUUGAAUCCAGCCGAAUGCUAAAACCUGUCCUGUUGAUAUCUGGGGCAAAGGUGAAUUCUCGCUCAGUCCAGCAAAGGUCCUUAGAUCUGGGCAUGCAUGAUCACGUGUAUCCAGCAUGGUAGCACAGAAGUAGACUUCCUGUUCUGAAAACAGGUACAUUUCCUGUUGCUGUAAAGUGCAAUUUGAGGUUUUGAUUUGACAUGUGAAAUGUGAGGGGGAGGGGGCGUGGCUAGGGUGGCUGGGCGGGGAAGAGCCAUUUGAGGGAAGCCUUCCACUCUUCCAGGUCCGCUCCAGUCCCAGCUCUCUUUGUGCUGUAAAAUGCUGGAUGCGGUUUGGGGGAACAUCUUUCGCUGUAGUGAAACCAAUGACAGAAGCUGUUCUUUAGAAUUUCCAGGAUGGCUGUAUUCUGCGAUCAGAAUCAGACAAGCUGGGGCAGAAUUCAACGACAAGAUGAGAAGGUAAGGUGACGUUUAUUCACUGGGAAUGCUUAAGACCAGACAGGCAGCUAAGGACAGCUAGUACUGUGAUAAGGAGUCAUUGCCCGUACGUCGGCUAGUAUUGAUAGCUAAGUAUAUUUAGGUUUAUCUGCUGGCAUUGUUUUGUUGUCUUUAACCAACUGGCGUUUUUAAAAAUUGGAAAUGCUGUGUUCUCCCUCUCCCUUUAAUUUUUAAAAAAUUGCUUCAACUUCUUAAUUAAAAAAAGAAAGGAAAAAGGAGAAAGCGUUGAGACUUAACCUUCAUUGGAAUCACUAACUCUUGUGUGCCCAAAAAAGUUGCACCCUACAUUAUUGGAGGAGAAAAGAAUGACCUUCUGACGUGGCCCACGUGCUCCCGGAGACUUUGGCCUUCCAUGUUGUGGGGUGUGAGAAAACGUUGGCCAUGCUUUCAACAUGGCUUGUGAACCUACCGCAAGGAAGAGAUAAUAGCCCUUUCAGUGACUUGCUGAAGUACCAGCAACCCAGCUGCACAGUCAAUGCACACAGAACGUAAAGCAAAUCCAGUGGAAGAUAAAAGCUGGCAUAGAGUAACCUUUGAACAUGAGCUGUUGCUCUUUGAUUAGGAUUGUGAAAGUGUUUUUUUUUUAAUUUGAUGGUCACUUUGGGGACCCGAGGGACACGGGGUUCUUUAUGUGUGCUUGUGGAAAACUCAUGGGGAAAAUUCCACCCGUCAGAAUCCUCAAUUGUGGCUUUUAAAAUGGACCACUGCGGGACUUGCGUGUUCGUUUUUUCCCGGUCUUUCACGUGAUUCCAAGCUCUGACAGCCAUGGCCCGUGCUCGAAAUGGGGCACCUUUCUUUCCCCUUCCCUCCAGCCUUUUGUUGCACAGAACUCUGCCUAGCCUGUUUCAUCAAGAGGAUUCCUGUGGACUCGGAAAGCCUUCCUAAAUCACUGCUGGGGUUUCCGAUUUUCAAGCCUUGUGGUGUAUCAAGGUCCUCCUCCAACCUGUUUAAGAAACCCUAAAACAACAUCUGUAGGGUUUGGAAAAGCACAGCUUGGGAAUCCUAACAGUAGCAAAGCUAUCUAAAACCGGAUGUGAGAAAUCUCCUAGGCGAUUAUCUAUACAAGUCCUUCACACCUCUUUGGACACUGCAAACAAAAUAUUGAUCGUGUUAUCAUCUUCUCUCUCUCUCUCUCUCUCUUUUUUUUUUUUUGGUGUGUGUAUGUGUAGUUUAACUUUAUUUUGUCUUGGAAGCUAGACGGUAUGUUGGAUACAGGCUCUGUAUAAUUUUUCCACGUGCAUGCUGACAGUGUAUGUUUCCACAGUACCAUUCCUUUUGUACAGUGUUUUGAGACCUUAAACGUGGCGCUAUAAAAAAAAUAAUAAACCUUUACUGUUUCCCUUUUAUCAGUA